AUGCCUAUCAAAUCCCCCUUCGAGUCCUCCAUUGCCAAACCCGGCCAGGGCAAAGUCGUUCUAUCUCUCCUCCCACCCGCAAACCCCACCCUUACAACCCUCACGUACAAGUACCCAUUGAAGCUCCUCGCGCGCACCCCCAGGUUCACUCCGCAAUCACCAUCCUCGCAACCUGUCCAUCUCUACCUCCUCACCUACGGCGGCGGUCUCCUUCCCGGCGACCACAUCGAAGUCUCAAUCACGCUCGAGCCACGCACAAGACUCGUGGUCACAACCCCGCAAGGCAGCACCAAGAUCUUCAAAACCGACGCGGACACCCUCGCCCCGACAGCAGCAUCCCCCCCCGCAGCCAAAAGCCGCCAAUCCGUCGACGUCCGCAUCGGCAAAGAAGCCGCCCUCUGCUACCUGCCCGAUCCCGCCGUCCCCUACAAGGGAAGCCGCUACGAGCAAACCCAACGAUUCACAGUCGAGAGCUCCGCAAAGGACCCCACGCGGCGCAGCAGCCUCUGCCUGCUCGACUGGGUCACGCAGGGCCGCACAGCACGAGGCGAAGCCUGGGACUUUCAAACCUGGAAGGGCAAGAACGAGAUCUGGUGCCUGGACGAGAAGAAACCAGGUACAGGUCUUGAUCAAAGGGGGCCCCCCCCCCUCCUCCUUCUGCUCCGGGACUCACUGAUCCUCGACGCCGAAAAUCACCAAAACAACCCCUGGGACCCCGCCGCCACGUUACCCCCAAACCCCCAAGCAAAGCCACCAGCACCACCACCAGCAGCAGCUUCCAGGAAUCUUAUCCGCGAGCGUACCAGUCCCCAUGGCGUCAUAGGAACCCUCAUCCUCUACGGGCCCGUCUUUGAAUCCCUCGCCGCCUUCAUCGUGGACCGGUUCUCCGCGUUACCGCGCAUCGGAGCCCGGAAUUGGGCUUCCUCGGCCGCCCCCGUGGCUGUCGAGGCAGCACCGCCCAACUUCGACGCACAGGUAACCUUCACUGCGGCGCGAGUGCGCGCUGGAUGUGUGCUUGUGAAAUUUGGAGCGGCGGAUUUUGAAACGGCCAAGGACUGGCUGGGCGGGAUUUUAAGGGCGGAGGGAACGGUGGUGAGGGAGUUUGGAGAAGAGGCUUUGUUUUGUUUAUAGCUCUUUCUCUUUUCUUCCUUUACUUUUCUGUGGAAGAUGAACCCCCCCCCAAUGGAAAAAGGAAAGAAGGAAAGGAAAGAAAUCUAUAUUGCAUAUCGACACGAGUUACGAAACAAUCGAGAUACCCCGAAUUCAUAUCUUCUGAAUCAAUUCUAUAGUUCUACCUACUACCUACUCCUAGGACAUUUAUCUAUCAUAAAACAUGACGAUGAAAAUAAGGAUAUCAACAUACAACGUCCAAACUGGAGUUCUACUCAUUCCCAGCCAUACCAAUAAUUUCCAAUUCCAAACAUUGUAACAGAGAGCAAAAAAAG